UUGAACCAGCAAAACAAUGGAUCUCGUUGUGACAAUGGAGGCAUGCAGAAGGUACGUGCUGCUCGUUGUUUUUAUCCAUUUUACUUUGAUUGGCAACAUAUCAACCUCAGUGACUCAUUAUUCGAUACCAGAAGAAAUGAAAGAAGGGUCCUCUGUGGCAAAUCUUGCUGCUGAUCUCGGCUUGGAUGUUAAAACGCUCAAUCAGAGGAAGAUGCGUUUGGACAUAAUCUCGAACAAAAAAUAUCUGGAUGUGAACAGAGAGACUGGAGAACUGUACAUCGCAGAAAAGAUUGAUCGGGAAAGCAGUUGUAACUUCAAAGCGUCUGCUUCUUGUUAUCUCAAACUGGAAUUAAUACUGGAAAAUCCGGUGAGGAUUUUUAACAUUGAAGUGGAAAUUUUGGACAUGAACGACAACGCCCCACAAUUUAGAAGAGACGUCAUUCAUUUAGACAUAUCAGAAGCGACUCCAAAUGGAGAGAGAUUUUCACUGAGCAAUGCAGUAGAUCCGGACAUUGGAUCGAAUUCAGUAAAAACCUAUCAUCUGAGUGAGAGUGAAUACUUUAAUAUUGAAGUACAGACUGGAAGAGACGGGUCAAAGUUUGCAGAAUUAAUCCUCAAAAGGAAUUUAGAUCGAGAGCAGCAGAGUGUUCAUAAUUUGAUCCUGACAGCUGUAGAUGGAGGAACACCUGCUCGGUCUGGUACUGCCAGUGUCAUUGUUCGUGUGUUGGAUAUGAAUGAUAAUGCUCCAAAAUUUGAGAAAACCAACAUGAGUGUUAAAAUCUUGGAAAAUUCUCCCAUUGGAAGUCUUGUAACUGAUCUGGAUGCAAUAGAUUUAGAUGAAGGUUCAAAUUCUGACAUUACAUACACAUACAGUUUAUAUACACAGGAGAGGACACAAGAAACGUUUAACCUGAAUCCUACAACUGGUGAAAUUACUGUUAAAGGAAUGUUAAAUUAUGAAGAUUUCAAGAGUUAUGACAUGGAAGUAAUAGCGACUGACAAAGGAACAAAUAGUUUAUCAGGACAAUGUACCAUUAAGAUUCUUGUUGAGGACAUGAAUGACAACCACCCAGAAAUAUCUAUCAAAUCAUUUCAGAGUCCAGUGAAUGAAAAUAUAGAAUUAGACACAGUUAUAGCUGUAGUUAGUGUUAAUGAUAAAGACUCAGGUGAUAAUGGCAUCGUUGAUUUAAGCAUUCCUAAAAAUAUGCCUUUCAAACUGAGGGAGUCCUCUGAUAACUAUUAUGAAUUAGUGGUGUCGGAGCCAUUAGACCGUGAGAAAGUCCCAGAAUAUGAUAUCACAUUCACUGUCACAGACAGAGGCUCUCCUCCUUUAUCUGACAAUGAAACCAUGACUUUAGAGCUGCUGGAUGUCAAUGACAAUGUUCCACAGUUCCCACAGUCAUUUUAUACCAUACGUGUAAUGGAGAAUAAUGCGCCUGGAGCCUUGCUCAGCUCCCUCACGGCCUUUGACCCUGACCUCCAUGAAAACCAGUAUCUAGUUUACUUCAUCAUAGAGAAGGAGAUAGCCAACACCUCCAUGUCCAUGCUGUUCUCCAUCAAUCCAGAGAACGGGAAUCUUUAUGCACUGAAAACUUUUGACUAUGAGAUUGAGAAGGAGUUUCUUUUCCACAUUGAGGCCCGAGACUCUGGCUCUCCUCCACUCAGCAGCAACGUGACUGUUCACAUCAUUAUUGUGGACCAGAAUGACAACGCUCCAGUCAUUGUCUCUCCGUGGCGUGCUCACGGCUCAGUGGUGGAGGAAAAGAUCCCCAGAUCCACUGAUAAAGGCUCCCUGGUGGCCAAAGUCAUCGCUUUGGACACAGACUCAGUGCACAACUCUCGGAUUACCUACCAGUUUCUCCAGGUGACUGACGCCACCUUGUUCAGCCUGGAUCAAUACAAUGGAGAGAUCCGGACCAUGAGGAUGUUCAGCUACAGAGAUCCACGCCACCAGCGGCUGGUUGUUGUUGCCAAGGACAACGGGCAGCCUGCUCUGUCUGCUACAGUCACCAUCAAGCUGUCCACAGUGGAGACUGCAGUGAAGGCCUACUCUGACAUGACUGAGAUGCCUCUGGAAUAUGACAUCUUCUCAGACCUCAACCUGUACUUGGUGAUCGGUCUGGGUUCAGUGUCCUUUCUGCUGCUCAUCACCAUUCUGGUCACCAUCGUGCUCAAGUGUCAGAAACCCAAGCCCAGCAAAACAGCUGCUCCCUGCAGGAACAGUGUGAUCAGUGAGCGGAACUCCACCAUCGCUGACUCCACUCUGGUGUCCAACGACGCCUACUGGUACAGUCUGUUUCUGGCCGAGACCAGGAAAGGAAAGCUGGUGGUCAGACAGCCUAUGCCCAAGGGCUCCAGAUACAUCGUGUCCAGCAUCCCAAGAGGGACAGGACUGACUGACACUAGUGACUCAGCACCAUCCACUCUGCAGUACCCUAAAUGAGGGAAGUCCACUCUGCAGCUGGAGGCAUCUACCACCAGCAGCAGCAGCUCAACUUGAAGCCCCCCCUCAUCCUCCAGCUACAUUCUGAAUGGACGCUGACAAGAGUCUCCAAUGAGGAAAGGAGAAAGCCCUGGACGUAACACCGCCCCAUGGCCAUCUUGCUCUGUUUGUUCGUUGUUCCUCACACAAUAAGUAGAGUCAUGUCAAGCCAGUGGACUAUAGUGACUAAUCAAAAACAUGACCCUGUUAUUGAGCACAUGAAAGC